GCCAAAGUGCGCGCUGUGGCGCUCGACUCGGAGCACGGCAGCGGCGAGCUACGCGGACUAGAACAGCAGGAACAGCAGCAAUGCACCCGGAUAAACUCCGUGGACUUGACGUGCUCCGUACUCACAGGGCAUCUAGAGUGCCUUCGCCUGCCGGUCGGCGCGUCACCUGUAGUUACCGCGACGGACGGCGUCUGCCUCAGAACCACGUCACUUUCCGUGUCUUCGACCAUCAAAUAGCACAGCUUACAUAGCGCAGCAUGUCGUGCUGCACGUGGUUCAAGGCAGAGUUGACCCGUCGAAGCCAUAAGCCACUUCCUGGCGGUCGAUCGCGUACUCGUCGUUGGAGACGACAUGGCUCAAGACAGCUGACUUCAUGCUGAAGUACACGCCCGGCCGUCCGCCCCACUUGCGCUUGGUAGUCCGACAUGCUGAUCUU